AAAAACGCCAACGGUGGUUUUGGGGAAAGGUUUACCGGAGUCUUUUCUGGUACGACCCAUUUUUCACAAUCCUUUCUCGUUCAUCCCCCUCCAGCCUUCCGCCGUCCGAUUCUUACCUUGCUCUUCCUCACCAGCCGGAGCUCAUCCGGUUCGGAUUUCUACACCGGAGAUCUAUCGACCGACCGACCGACCGACGUACAUAUAUCAGUAAAAAUUUACGUAGUAUUUAUUUGACGCUAAAUAGAUCGACUAUCGAUGACGAAGAAACGAAAGUCCCUUGCCACGAGCUUAGACGAGGUGGACCGAACCAUGUACUCUUCGUUCAGCAGCGCAGCGAACUCCCUCUCGCAGAUGUAUACUCAGGCGAUGAACCAGCAAAAGCUAUCCUUCCAAGCGGGUGAACGUCACGGACUGGAAAAGUUAUAUCAGUGGAUCUUGAGGCAACAAGAUGGAGGAUCAAGAGUGAUGAUGGUUGACAUACUAAACUACCUUCAGCAUGAACUGGACUGCUAUGUAGAGGGGGACCAGGCACCACCUCCCCAAAAUCAUAACAGUUCCUAUCCAACAGCUUUUCCAGGUUCUGUUGUCCAAGCCUCUUCCGGUUCAAAUGGUGUUUCGGCAGUAAUACAUGGUGUUCGUUCAGACCAUCUUGAUCAACAGCCAAAGAAUCAUUAUUUCUCAAAUGCUCUGUCAAGCCCUGUAGGCCGAAGCCUUCAAAACUAUCAGAUUUCUCAGGGAAGCUACUUUACAAGCAGUGCUCAGCCUGCAAACAGCAUUAAAAACGUGGGAGCGGCUGAACCCAACUUCCAACAACAAACAACUAGGGACUCUGGUAGCUACAACUCUAAUGAUGCUUCCUCCAUGGAUAUGCAUGCAGACAGUCCUAGUCACGAAUCUACUUACUGAGAACUGUAAGAGCCAUUCCUGGACAUUGAAGGGGAGAAAUUUUAUCCAUUUCACUGCAACACUUGUCAUUGUUUGAUGCCUCACCCCAGUGACUUCAAAAAAGAUGUAUUACAGGUUCUUAAAAGGUCUGCAAAAAAAUGGUCAGCUCCAAACCUAUAAUGUCACUCCGUUGAACUAAUUAUAAUAUAUUUGCUCCUUUUUUUCAUGCAUGUAAAUUGUAUUUAAAGUGAUGGAUGUGUUAGAUGGUCUUACCUGUUCAUUCUGGCUGUAAUGUUAAUACAUGUUUCUUGUCCUCUCCAAAUUCAAACUGCCAUUGAAAUGGGGGGUAUUUAAACAUGUCCACAAGGUGUCAGUUUCCCCCAUUUUUG